CGCCGGGAGGCGGCUCAGUUUCCGCUGGCAGCCGAGGGCGGCUGGCCCAGCGGAGCAGGCGCCCAGCGCGGCGCCGCACCGGAGCCGCCGCCGGCGGCCGGCGAGGGCGGCAGCAUGAGCGGCGGGCGUAGCGGGCGAUCUGCCGUGAAGAUGGAGGCGCCGUUUUACCCCGAGGAAGGACUAGAGCUGCUGCCCGACUUCGUGCCGCUGCCGGCUUUCGGUACCGCCGGCGGACCCGGAGCCGAUGCGGCGGCGGCGGGGCAGAAGCUGCUUCUGGGCGCCGGGAAGAAGCGAGACCUGGCGGCCACCGCCCCCGCGCCGCUCCCAGGACCUUUCGCCCUUCGGCCCCCCGCUGGCGCCCGCGCGGCGGCUCUGCGCUUGCUACCGCCGCCGGCCGCCGCCCCGCCGCCGCCGCCCGCCGGUUCCGCGGAGCCAGCGGGCGGCGGCGAGGCGGCGGCGGCCCGCGGCGGCCCGGAGGUUGCGCUGGGCUCCGCUGCGGAGCUGCCGCUGCUGAAACUACCUCCGGCCGCCGACCUGGAGCAGCUGCUGAUCCAGGGGGGCGCGGGGCUGGGGUCUGGCAGCCCGGGGCCGGCUGCGCCCGGGGCGGGGAGCGGCGGAGCAGCGGCGGCGGGGCCGUUUCUCUAUCGGCAACCGGUGACGCAGGAGCAGGAGGGAUUCGCCGACGGUUUCGUUAAGGCCCUGGCCGACCUGCACAAGCAAAAUCAGCUCCUGGCGGCGCCGCCGCUCUCCACGCCGGGACCCUGCUGCGCCGCCCGCCCAGGGCCGCCGGGAGCCCCCGCCGCUGCCGACCCCCCGGCCGUCUACACCAACUUGAGCGGCUUCAACCCCACAGGGCCACUGAGCCCUUCGGGCAGCGCGUACCCGGCCGCCUCCGCCCCGCCGCCGGGCCUGGCCUUCGGAGCGGCAGGUCUGGGGAGCGGCCGGCUGCCCCCAGCGCGGUCCCUGGAGGAGCCGCAGACGGUGCCCGAGGUGCCACCGACGGCGGCCGGGGAGGGCGGAAGCAGCGCGCCGACGCCACCGUCACUGUCGCCGCUGGACGCGGAGAGCCAGGAACGGCUGAAGGCGGAGCGCAAGCGGCUGCGGAACCGCAUCGCAGCCUCCAAGUGCCGCCGGCGGAAGCUGGAGCGCAUCGCCCGGCUGGAGGAGAAGGUGAAGGCGCUCAAGGGGCAGAACGCCGAGCUGGCCGCCACCGCCAACCUCCUCCGCGCCCAGGUCACGCAGCUGCAGGGCCGCGUCCGUAGCCACCUCUCCUCCGGCUGCCACAUCAACGCCGCCGGCCAUCCUCCCCCUCCCGCCGCUCAGCCGCGGGAGGCUCCCCCCGAGGCGGUCGCAGCACCGGAGACCAGCGCCUGCUGAGGAGGGACGCCCCGUCGCAAGCCUGCGCCGUCCCCGCCCGCCGCCGGGGCGGUGCGGAGGCUCCGUGGGGCCGAGGUGCUCGCUCGCCGUCGUUCUUGUGUUAUUAUUGUUAAUUAUAAGUAUUUAUUUGGUCCCGGAGAAGGCGGUUGCAGGACCCGGGUGUUGUUAAGCGUUUCCCGGGGUCUGCGGAUGUUGUACUCGGCAGCGAGGGUCUCCGUGGGAGGUUCUGGGGCAGGUGGUUGUUUUAAUUUUUUUUUCAGUGAAGUACUUGAGGUCUGUAGAGAUUUCGGAAAUUAAGGAAGUUCCUGUUUACAGAAAGAUUCAACUUUAUUUUCAUGGGGGAUAUAAAAACUCUGUUUCAUAAUACACCUUACUGAACUGUAUAGUAAUGGAUAAGCUUUUGAAACUUAAAAAAAAAAAAGCCAGAAUCAUACCCUUUUGAAGAGAUGUGCGUGUAUAUAUAUAUUUAAAACAUAAUAUGGCUAUGUAUAUUUUCAUGGUAUUGAUAAAGAACUUUUUAAAAAAUACUGUCUUUCUCUAGAGCUUUAAUUUGCCAUUGAGAGUUAAGACAACUAUGUGGGUGCUCUUGCACUUAGAUGACUAAAGUUUUAAAAUCGAACCCUGGAGGGAAGUGAUUUUUAUUGUAAAUUUUAAGCAGGAUGAAAUGUGUUCCUGACUCAGCCAUUUGAAAAUACUUUUCUAAACUGUACGCUCCAUAUUUCUUGUGCCAGUGCAAACUUGGGGCAUUGAUAGUUAUUUAUUGAAACUUAGACAUUUUGGAUGUUGCUUAGACCUUAUUUUUCUAGAUAACAGGUUAGAAGUGAAACGGUUACUUUGGCAAGUAAAGUGUUACUUUGGCAAGUAAAGUUUUACUUUUUUUUUUUUUUUCCUUCACUGUGUACAUUCCAGUAGUGUUUGCUCUAUAUAACUAUAGUAACAAUUCUGUGUGAUACAGAAAAGGGCUCAGGUUUGGGGUGGGCUAGCUAUAAAGGUGGUAAUUCCAUUGUAUUAUGCUUGAAUAAAUUGCAGAAAUAAUAAGGAGAAGUAGAUUUAUUUUUCAGUAGAAAUCUAUAUAUCUUGCUUCUUGUUCUACUUUGUUCUAAAGAAACUUUCUGUAAUGCUCUAGAGACAAAGUCAGUGCUAGAAUGUGAAAUGUUUUUCUAUUAAUAGUUGGGAGGAAUUUAUUUGAUUUAUGACUUUGUCAAGAUUUUACUAGUAGAAGAGAGUGGCAAUCCUCUGAUUAGACAUAAUCCUCAAUAAGUUUUCAGAAGCUUUAGAUCCCUUGCUCAGUACUGCUGCCUACCUUGCUUUUGCUGCACCUGUGUGUUUUGAGCAUAGCCGCUAACAGAGCGCUGCCGAGCCCUGUGGCAUGGUGCCAUGGAAAGGUUCUGUCAGAGUGUGACCCCACCAGAAGCCCCUCAGCAUGAGGGCCGCAGGUCGGGCCUGCUUCUGGGGGAGGGCAGGGCUUCUUCUGAGCAGAUCCAGCUGCAGAGCAGGGCCUGCUCCCCUCUUUGAAACUGCACUAAAAACUCUGCUUGAACUCAGAGGCAAAACUUACAUGGGGAUAUGUGUCUGUGCCAGCUGGUAAAAAUGGGGGAUUGUGUGAGGAGCCAAGGGGGCAUAGACAUCCUUAUUUGUACAAGCCAUUGCUCAGAUCUGUUAAACCCACUCAGGAGCUGUUAGGCAUCUCUUACUUCUUCUGAAGGCUACACUUGAUGCUUUGAAAUUCAAGAACAAUGGGAUAGACUCACAUGUUUUUUUGCUUUUAUUGGGGAUGUGUGAGUACUAUCUGUUCAGAAAGCUGAGCUGCAGCAAUCAGGUGUGUGAGUUUUUUCUUAUAGUGCAUAGUCAUUCCUGACACAUAUGUGAAAUGACAGGACAAUGCGUAGUAAUUGUAUUAUUGUAGCUGAGAUGCUCUGAGGAUAUUUCUUUUCUUAAUGCAUAUGCAAAUUAGGUAGAAGCCAUAUUAGUUAUUGUAUAACUGUUUAAUCAUGUCACCGGAACCUUUUUCAGUAGUUGAAAUGAUUGCCUGUAACAGUACCUUCUGCUGUUAGAAAUGCUAAUGAACACAUAAAAAAAUAUUGUGAUCUUAAGACACGUUUAAAUAUUUCUUACAGGCAUUCUGAACCAGACAGCAUACAAUCUGUAGCACUGGCUGUUACGUAAUAACUGGGUGAAAAAUAACUGGUUUUUAUUAUGUGGCAGGUAUCACCUAUCUGGAAGACACUACAAGAUUGGAGAAAUUAAAAGUUGUUUUUUUUUUCCCCUGACACUUAACACACUUUCCCUAGUGAGAGAGGUAAUGCUGCCUGGUACAUACAUGGAUGUGAGAUGCUUAGCUUUACUGUAUAUGUAGCAAGGUGGGUUUUUUUUAAGGAGUCCUGGAAAAACUCAUAAAAAUUGUAUGUGUGGACACUGCUGUUUCAGUUCUUGUAUUUGCAGAUGAGCGUAGGGCUAAGUAAAGGUCUUGUGGUAGGAAACAGGACAGUGAUAAAUAUAGCUGUGCAGUACUUGUUCUUUACUUAUCUUGCUAUUUCUUGUCAGAAUAAAUUAGCAGUGUCCAAGGAGAAGUGGGGGAUCCAUAAGACACAUGAAAUCACUACGAUUCCCCUUCCCAUCCAAGGGCAGGGCUAUAAUAGGCUACAACCGGGCAGGGUUAUAAUGAGCUCACCCUUUUUAGCAUAGUAGUUUUAAAACUGGAAACCACCACACAUUACCUUAUUCUCAUUUGGGCUUUCUGCAAGAGCAGUCCUGCAUCCAGCUUCUCGAAGAUCUCAUGUGGUAACUUCUUUGAUAGCCUGGUUAAUGUUCUAGCUGAUACUGUUAGGUGGUACAAGUGCUGACAGGCCAGCUCUGUUACUCUGAUGACAGGUUACUAGUGAGGCUGGUGGCUCCAGCUGUCUGGCAGAAGCUACUAUUCUGGUAGUAGCGUUGUCCAAAAUAAAUGUGUUUUCUGUAGAAUGAGGGGUUGCCUUCAUAAAUGUGUUAUUUUAUCUGGUAUUUAGUUGAAGACACAGGAUCUAACACUGAUGUGACCAAAAUCUGAGAAUAGUGUGAGGUAGUGGUUUUCUUGGUUUGUUUUUUCUUCACUAUUGACUGUGCCAUAGAGGUUGCUGCAGCUGUCACAGAGAUAUGAGUGGAUAGCCUAAGCACCUAGUUUGAACCAGUGUCGCAAGACUCAGAGUACUUUCCCAUCAGGCUUGAUUGUUACUGUCUUCUAGUAUAUAUCACCACUCUGACUUUUAUCCCUGCUGUGUUCCUAAACCUUUAAAUGUGGCCUCCUGAUUUUGUCCUGCCUUUUUUGUUCAGUUCCUUGCAGGAAUUUUCAUGUCUAUUUCUUUUAGGCUUUGAUUUUCUGCCUAAAACUUUGGUCACUGUGAGAUGCUAAAAGAUAGAUACUGGGUAAAAAUUUUCCAGACUGUUUAUAUGAUUUACAUAUAUACAUACAUUUACAUACAUAGCUCCUUUUCAGUAACUGCAGGCAAGUUGGCUGUAUAUUGCUGUAAAAACAAACAAACCAAAACCAACCAAACCAACAACACCCCCAUCCCCACACAAAAACAACCAAAAAACCCUAACAAAGUAGUUUAUGUUCAGUGGAAAUUCAGUGCUUUUUAGCUUUUUUUCUUUUUCCUUCUAAUCUGUACCAUGUUUGUUUUACUUGUGCACACUAUUCACUAGUCCUUACAAAGAUUCUCACUGUGUAACUUGAUUUGCAGGUUACCCUCAUGCCUUUCUGAACUGGUUUUGCAUUCAGAUCCAAACCUAUGACAAACAGCCCUCUUUGUUUCUUUGCCGUAGGUGUAAUCUCUGCUCUGGAGAUUAUGUAGUCCCUUCCUUUGUUUUCGUUGAUGGAAGCUUGUUCCGCUGCACAUUUUGCAGCUCGUCAGCAGCGUGAACAGAUGUCUUGAUCUAGAUGUGAAGUGCCUUCUUAUUUAGGUGCUACAGCAAAAUAGUUUGAUUCAUAAAUGGCUCUAACUUCUUUGAACUGUUAUGAGGCCUUUUCUGUCUUGUGGAGUGGGAGGAGGAGUCUUUGUGGUGAGGGAAGUCUUCUUGAGUCCUUCCUUUGGCAGAGGGUGGGGCUCCCAUCAAGUCUGCCUCUGCUUGCUGUGAGUGCAGGGAGAGUGCUUGAUUCAAAUUACGUCAUUACUAGAAAAGUUGAUUGGUUUCCUCCCCAGAAUAAGAUGGGUAGUAAGGUCUCUCAGUAUCACAAGGUGUACUGAUAGCUCUUAGUGCUUGGUGAGUGGUUCUUACAACUUUCACUGAAACUCCAGGAUGAGAUCAUUUGGCAGGCUUAGAGAGCAAUUUGUAAAACACAAGUACUUUGCAUAUAUUGAGAAGUGCAGGUGUUUGGGGGCAAUAAGUCUUGAUUACAGAGAGGGGUGAUUCUGUGGGUGGUGGUGAUGUUUUUCUCAGGAGCCUGUAAUAGUCUUGCAAGAGGUAAAAACCUCUAAUAAUUUGUACUCUUUGCUGCAUGUCAUAAAUCACUUGAAUAUCAUGUGGUGUUCAGAGUGGCCCUGCUACAAUUCUCUGUCAUCUUGGUUCAUGUUUAUGUCACUACUGAAGGAAGAGUCCUGAGGCAUCCUUUUUUUUUGUUUGUUUGUUUAAAUAUCUGAUUGACUGUGUCUCACCUUUGACAAAGGCAUGAUCUCCCAUAGUUAAGUCCUGAGGCAUUCUGUAGUUUGCAGCUGUUAAAGUGGAAAUUUUAUUUGGCAACUAUACAGCUUGAUGAUACUUUCAAAAUUGUUGUAUAGUGUUGUUUGGUGGUGUCUGAAGUACAGAUAAAAGCUAUGUUUGAACUACUAGUUGUGCUGAAAAUAGUGAAUUGUCUGCCAUUGGCUAUUUCGGUCUAGUAGCUUCUUAGAGAAAAUUUCUCUAUAUCUGAAAUUAAUAUGCAAGAAAAAACAUCUACUUGUAACAUAAGUCACUCUUCAAUGUGUCCUUCUGCUCUGGAGUGUAAGUUAAAAAAAGAAAAAGCAGUGAGUUACGUUUUCCUUUAUUCCUAUGUGCAGCUGUAUCUGCUGCUGUAUAAUUUUGCUUUUUCCUUACUUGAUUCUCUAAGUUUCUAUGCUUAGCAAGUAGAUAAAUUGGAGUAUGACAUAUCUGUGUACAUAUUUAAUUUGUACAAAACCACUUCCAUGUUCCAAGUAUUUUGUUUACUGUUUUACUUUAACUGAGAAUGGGUGUCGAAGAGUUCCUAGGCUGUUUUGACACUCUUUGGUCACUUAAUCAGUGUUGUAUGCAGUGACUAUGCAUUUUCCAGCAGAGGUGGACAGUGCAGCCUGUCAGGGAUUCAUCUUUUUUAGUAUUUGGCAAGACAUGUAUCGGCAGAAAAAGCCUUGAACAGAAAGCUUUCUCAGUGUGUAAUAAUCCUGCAAAUGUUGACUGAUCUUUUUAGUGCCACAGUUGCUUGCUGUGGGGCUGCAUCAGCAUCUACGGUACCCAGUGCUGUGUGAUGUUCCUGUAACAAACUGCAGAAUCUAAAGCUUCUUAUGAACUUAUUAAUCUUACUGCACAUGCAAACUUUACUGUGAAGGUGUUGAUGAAUUAAAUCUAAAUUUGUGGAAUCUUAGGCCGUUAUGAUACACUGUGGGAGACAAGAGGUCUUACUCAUUCUCAGUUUUUCCUGUCCUGUGUUUCAAAGAUCUCUCUUUUUAUCCUGCCCAUGAAGUGGCUUGCAGCUGUUUGUGCUGUGAAACUUCUUUCUUCAUAAUGGCUGGUAGUAACUCGGAGGGGGGACAGGAGCAACUUCUACAUGAAGUAGUCCUUUGUGACAAACUAAAUGUAGGUUUCUGAGAAACACUGCAGCAGUGAGUGCACAAUGGAGAACCUGCUGUUGUCCAUGUGUUGCUAAAACAGUCUAUAAACGUACACACCUAAUUUAUAAUGAGGGCAGCUUUCCAAGUCACCAUCCUGUUGACUUACUACAGGUAUUGAUUCUUGCUGCUUGCUUUGAUCUGGAAGCAGUUUUCCUAAGUUAUUGCAUACCAGAAGGUUUACUUUCUGCGUCAGUAUAGUCACAAACCAGAUCACUGCUUGGAUGUUGAAACAGUCCACUGCAUGUAGGUCAACCAGAAUGCCACACACUGGCUGUCUUUGCAGGGUCCUGCUGAGGAAACAGUGACGGGGAGAAGAAGGAAACCAAUCUUGGAUCUGUAUCUUCACACCAGCACUGUGUUUUGAAAUGCAGCUUUCUGUUGAGUAAUCUUGACAAAAGCGUGUCACUGAUGUGAAAGCACUGAAUCUUGGCCUUGUGCCUGCGCAGGACGUGAGUUCUUGUGCUGGAGUUCUGCUUUGGUAUUCUCUCAGCUUGGUGCCAGCUGCUGAUACAGGAAAAGCCAGCAAAUCCAACCUUUAUGAACAGAACGUAGAUACCUGCAAACAUGUCAAGGUGUUGUGCACAGACAGUAUUGUACAUAGAGAAGGGCCAAAUGGAGGGGAACUGUGAUUUUCUUAGCUGCAGCUGUAUGCAAUGAGGCAUAUUCAUACUCUUUGUUGUGGUUGAGUUCUCCCAAAAGAAAACUAAGCUGCAAUUCUGUGUGCGAUUGCAAGUUAAUUUUUUAGAUUUCCGGUCAAACUGGAAGACUGAAAUCUUGCAAUGCUAUGUUAACACAAAAAGAUAAUUAAUUUAAAAGUCAUGUUUAGCCAUAAUGUAAUCUGAUGUGCUCCAGAUCAUAUGUAGUAAUUUGCUGCAAAGUGAAGGAGGGGUUAUAAUAAAUAAUAUUUGCAAGGGAGUCUCCCUAAAUAAUUACCUGCCUGCCAUUUCCUUUUUUGUCUGUUAUGAAAACAUCUGUAUCCAUGGCUAGCUGUAAAUUGAGGUUUGCUCUGAAUUUCUAGUGCUUGUAAAAAACACGGUCUGCAAUAGUUUAAGGAGUAUAGGUGCUGGCUGAAUGGCUUUUCUGGAGAAAUUAUUAUUUCUGUAGGAAUGCUUUGGAGUUCUGGAUGACUAGGAAGCCUUGCUAACACAUGGAGAUAAUAGAUAUGACCAGUUCACUGUGCAUUAAUACACUGCUAGAUUAUGAUAUUUAGCACACUGCUGAAAAUAUUUACUUCUCCUGUUACUUAUUGGUUAAGAGCUAGUUCAGGGUGGAAUUGUAAGCUGCCUAAAUAAGCUCCACACAGUCCAGAGAGCUGUGUCACUGGAGAUCAGUAAAAGACCCUCCAUCACUUCCCAGAAAAAAAAAAAAAAUCUUUGGUUGCAGUCUUUGUUUUUGUUUUGAUUUUGCAUUUUUGUUUUAUUUUUUAAUUUAAGUUCUGUUUUACUCUUCUCUUAAAAUUUACUUAAAUAAAUUUGAAAACUUUUCUGCUAAGUACUGUGAAGAUUCUCUUGCAACUGUUCAGUUACAAUCAGUGGUGGUAUUAAUUCUGUCAUAGAUGGAGAAAGCUGAAGUGGUUAAAUGUCAGGCUUCUCACCAUGUCCUUUCUCUGAUACCAUGGACUGAACAAUCAAAAAAUUAUAACAAGUAGUUUGAACUCUGUAGAACUGUUUGAUACCAUUUUCUUGUCCUUUGCAGAAAGCUUCCCACCAGCCUGAGGGGUGCAUGACCCUCCUGCCCAACAUGGAAAAUUGACCUUUAAGAAUGAACAGUCUUUAAAAAAAGGCAUGUAUAGAUAGUCUCAUGUUUCACGCUGAGCCUUUUGAAGGAUAACAUGUUGAGCCUGAGAACCUUUGUCACACCUCUGUUUCGUAAAUCUCCAGAUUUUUUUGUAGUGCAGGACACAAGCAAUGUGGUGGCAUGGAAUAAAGUUAAUGGACUGUUCCAGAGAGUGUAUUGGGGAUACUCUCCCUCUUUUUACCAAGUAACUGCUAGGGAAAGAUACCAGUAGAAGAUACUGAUAUAAAUCUUGUCGUCCUUUAAUGAAUAGAGCCAGAGGUCAAGUUCUUCUUUUUCCUACUUUUACCAUUCUGUCUUUUAAUAUCAUUGAUGGAAGGGUGACAGAAAUAGUGGGAAAAUAUGGGGAGUUAAAUAAUCUUGUUAUAUAUAAUAUGUCACAUAAGCUGUGGCUGUAAGUAGCUAGGACACCUGUUCAAUGUGCAGUCUGCAAGAUGACGCCUUCAGAACAGAGAUUUCUAAAAUGCAUCCGAAGUGUCAUUAGCAGACCAAACCAUUUUGUGCCAGUUACUAAAGUGGUAUUGUAAAUUGUGAUGAUGUUUGAAAGUCUUCCUGGGCACACAGUAACUGAAAUCACAGCACAAGCUGGUAUGUCUGUGAUACCUUUGUGGCAUGAUACCACUUUCCCAGCAGGCCAAUAGCAUAUAAUAAAGUCUGCUUUUCCAUUCUUUCCCCCAUGGCAAUAGAAGUGACAGUUGGAGGAAUCAGCAACAGUAAAAAAACCCAAACAAACCAAAAAAAAAAAAAACAGGGAAUCCAAAGAAGGAAUAAUUUUUUUCUCUAAUAUAUAAUUUAAUGGUAAUAUUUAUUGUAUUUUUAAGUGUCAGAGAAUUAAGAUUGCUCUUUGUAAUGCUUUUUAUUUUGUUUUGUUAUUACUGCUUUAGUGUCUUCUAAACUUGUUCAGAAACUGUGCCCCUCCCUGUUUGGCCUGAUGACUGUUAAUUUCACACUUACUCUUUUUUAUUUAUAGCCAUGGCAACCAGCAUACUGAAAUGUCAUCAAGUACAGCCCAGGUCUGAUGAUGCAAAGGUUUGCUCUCUAAUAAAAUGUGGCCUAUGAAGGACAAGCUCCAUAAGGCAGCUACGCCCUGUCUUGAAGCAUUUGCUCUAAUUUCAAGGCUUUCCCAUGUGAUGUUGCUCAACAUGUAGCAAAACAAGUUUUUGUGAGCCCCUUGAGCAUUCCUUUAUAUGUAACAGUUUAGAUACUCAGGCUUUGUUUAUUUUUCCUCCUUUCUACCCCUAAAAACCCCCACCAGGCCAGAAACAAAAGACCCAACACAAGCAAAACAAAUUGUUUUGCUUUGUUGCAAAGUGCUAUUUGUUCAUUAAAGAGACUCUUAGUGCAGUUCUUGCACCAGUGAUUUUGCCUUGGUUGCACUUAGCUACUUUGUAGGGAACAAAGGGAAGGGAAUAAAAGUUGCAAUAUAGUAUUGUGCAAUUCCUGGCUUUCAAAUAGAAAAUGAUGAGCAAGUCUGCGUAGGCCUCUUACCCGCCAAAGCAUGGCCACUGAUUCUUACCACUCUCACUCUUCUUAAUUAGGAGUGGGUCUACUGGCUUCUUAAGAUCAAAAGGAAAGAAGGGAGACAUCUUAAGAGAGGGCAGUAUCAGUGCUGUUCUGCUGUGAAAGGCCCUGAGCCUUAAAACUCAAGUUUAUCUGUUGGAUUACCUCUACUUUAUGAUGCCUGAAAGCAACUCUUAGGCUCCCUAGCCAGGGUCUUACCAGGACAGGUGACUAGGUCUGUAUUACUGAAUAAGUCUUGUUGUUGAAGUAGCUCUGCAGCUUCUUGUGGUUUUUUUCAGUUUGUGGAGUUGUAGGACAUUCUUCAAGGGCAGUAGUUUCUCUUUCCUGGAGCAGCUCAUUUAAGGCUCGCUUGUUUUUUCUGCAGUUUCUGCCUAGGCUGAAAGCCUUUCUGAGGUUUAGAGGACCAUACCCCUGCCCUGGCUGUGUGGUAUUCAUGAUGGCUAAUGUUCUAUUAAUCAAAAUAUCCCUCUAAGAAAAGAGCAGCUCCAGAUAGGUGCAAACUGGGAAAGAUGAAAUCCGUUAUUCUUUGAGCAAUAUGUCUUUUAAUCAGUUGAACAAAGCAACUAACUCCCAUCAGCUAAAAAGGAGAGAGCUCUUGGGCAAUGGGACCCAGCUUUGAAAGCGCUUGGUGGUUUCUGGUGGUGUUCUUGCUGAAAUUCUGUGGUAUAGAAAACGCUUGAUGCCCUGCAAUACCAUAAGCCUUGCAAUAGCAUGUGCUGGGGCUGCUGCUAGGAUCAUGCAAGUCCUGUAGUCCUCAUUGGCAUUGCAGUCAUGCCACAUGCUGGUCAAUGGACCAAAGGGAUAUUCUGAAAAAGAGAAGCCACCUCUCCCUGCUGGGUAGCCACCAGCAUCCCCAACCUCUCUUUUUGUCCAAAAGGAGAUGCGUGAACCAACUGCCACUUCCUACAGCUCUUCCCGGCCUUUGGGCAUGGCACUGAAACUUUCUCAUCCAGGAUAGCUGUUCAAAACAAAAGGUGGAGACAGAACAGUGGAGAUUUAGCGUUGUUCUUAUAUGCAACUAACUGGUGGGUGGUUGUCUGCCUACAUCCUUUCCUGGGUUCUUGUAAGCUGGGUUUAUGUGUACCUUCUUAUUCUGCCUUAUUAAAUUAGCUGGCACAGAGGAAGCCUCUGAGAAACCCUUUCAAAAUCUCUGCACAAGGAAUAAUUUUUUAAAAUGACAAUAUUUAAAUAGUUUCAAACAAACAGACAAAACCCAACCAGAAAUAAAUUACUUCAUAUGGAUACAGAAAUACUUCCACUUUUUUAAAAAAACCUGAUUAUUUUGGGGAACUAUUCAAACAGGUGUACUGUCAAGGAGGCAAUAAUAGUGAAACAAAAUUCAGUAGCUACUCAUUUGCUGGAUUUGAUCAGGGGAGGUUUAUCUGGCAGCUUUUUUUCUGAUGCGGUGAUUUAUUUUUUUUUUUAAUGUAAAAUGAAGCUACAGGGCUUAAUAAUAUACAACUGAGGAUUAUGUCCAUUGUAAUUUUUUGUUACUUUUACAAACUAUGUACUAUUAUAUUAAAAAUACUUAUUUUUGAGACCAAGUGGACAAUAUUAGUUGGCAUCUUGCACUUGAUUAAAUGUAAAACAUUUUCUUAAUUUAGUGAUGUGUUUAAGAGAAUACUGUAAUUUACUGAAUAUACAACAGUGAUAACUGUGUUUACAAUAAUUUUCCAAUUUGUACUGUUCAGUGGUAGCCAACUUGUUUAAGAAUUAAAAGUAAGGCAUACUGUGAUUUGCAAUCUUGGAAAAAUUAACUCAAUGCUGCUACCACUAAAUACUGUGGGAUGGAUACCACGGGUUUAAAUGGCAGCAGAGUUGUAAUCCAAGCCUCUGUCUUAAGUACUUAUGACUAAAAGGCGACUUGCCUUGUGCUCAUUUUUGUAUCCCCGUGUGUAGAACAUCAGUUAGAUAUCUGUUAAUGAUUGAUUUGUAACAUUAGGACCUGGAGAUCACAGUGGAUUUGUUUGUUUGUUUCUGUUUGUUUCUGAACAGACACUUUGACAUUUUGGAAUGUAUAACAUUGAUCCUUGUGCUGGAAUUAUUUACAUGCAAAAAGGUAUUUAUGAUUUUUUGCAAACUGAAAUGUGCAAUUUUGUACGUGUUUUAAACUAAAGAGUUUAUAAGGAAGAUAUUGUAUGUACAGUACUUGGACAUGAGUAUUAUUUCUUUAAUAUGAAUAUCUAGAGGAAAAUUAAAGUUGCUUUAUAUUCAUA